CAAAAACCAAGAUUGGACCAACCAAGUUUCACUAUGCAUGAUCUCAUCAAUGACUUGGCUAUGUUUGUGUCUGGAGAGUUUUGUUUCAGGUUCGAUCAGAAAAAUUCACAUGAAGUUCCUAAAAGAGUUCGCCACUUGUCGUAUAUGAGAGGAAACUUUGAUACAUCUCUAAAAUUUAAGCCAUUAAAAGGAGUUGAGUGUUUGCGAACCUUCUUUCCAGUGUCUUUAGCACCAUAUGAUAGCCGUGAUCGUGGAUAUGUAAGCAAUAAGGUUCUAGAUGAUUUACUGCCAGCACAAAAAUGUUUACGGGCUUUUUCAUUGUCAAGAUAUCAAAAUAUCAAUCACUUACCUAGUUCCAUUGGUAACCACAUCCACUUGCGCUAUGUUGAUCUCUCUUAUACGGCAAUUAAAAGGUUACCAGAUACAGUGUGCACUCUCUACAAUUUACAGACUCUGUUGUUGUUAGGUUGUUCUUCUCUUGUUGAAUUGCCUGCAGACAUGUGGAAAUUGAUUCAUUUGCGUCAUCUUGAAAUUAGUGGAACUAACAUAAAAGAGAUGCCUACGCAUAUGGGUAGACUAAAAAGUUUGAGAACGCUGACUGUUUUUAUGUUGGGGAAAUCUGUUGGAUCAAGCAUUGCAGAAUUGAGGGAGUUGUUGCACCUUCGAGGAAAAAUUUCAAUCUUGAAUCUGCAAAAUGUAGCUGGUGUUAUUGAUGCCUUGCUGAAGGAUAAGAAAGAUCUCAAUGAUGUAGAGUUGGCAUGGGGUCAUGAAGUUUCCAAUGAUUUUGUGAAAGAGAGACGUGUACUUGAAAGACUACAACCUUCGGUAAAUUUGGCGAAACUAACCAUCAAGUUUUAUGGUGGAACCACUUUCCCCAAUUGGGUGGGAGACUCGUCUUUCUCCAACUUACAAGUGAUGCGUCUCGGAGCUUGUAGUAAUUGUAGUUCUCUGCCACCAGUUGGUCAGCUACCUGCUCUCAAAGAGCUCUACAUACAAAGGAUGGAAUUGGUUACGAGUGUUGGUGUUGAGUUGUACGGUGGAAAUCAACCAUUUCGAUCUUUAGAGAAGCUCGAGUUCAGGGAUAUGCCAGAGUGGAAGGAAUGGCUGCCUAGUCCAAGUGGAGGUGAAAGUCCAAACUUUCCUCAGCUUAAGGAGCUGAAGUUAAUUUGGUGUCAGAAGCUGAGAGGAAACUUGCCCACUCAUCUUCCUUCCUUGAAAAUACUUGAGGUCUGCGGAUGUGAGGUUCUACAAGGAAACAGGGCCAGUAAUACCCUGAACAUGGAAUCCUUACGACGAUCUCUUGAACAACUGACAAUAAGUAGAUGCCCGCGUCUCUCAUUGUCACUAGAGUCGACGGAGACGCUGCAGUCGCUUCAGAAGUUUAAUAUUUCUUAUCAUGGUAGGAGAGAGUGGUCUUCGCAAAUGGUGCACAACAGCAAUCGUCUUCAACAUUUGAGUAUUUCUAACUGUUCCUCACUCUUGUCGUUCCCUACAAAUGGUCUGCCCACCACGCUGACAUCACUCCGUAUAGAUGACUGCAGAAAAUUAGAAUUCCUAUCACGUGAGAUGAUGGCCGAAUUGACUUCCCUUCAGACUUUGGAUCUUGUACAGAGCUGUGAUUCUCUGAGGUCGUUCCCGUUGGGCAUUUUCCCCAAACUUUCAUCCCUUUAUAUAUGGGGUUGUCAGAAUCUGGAAUCCUUUUCUGUUGAAGGAGGAGCAAAUGAAAAUCUCAGCCAUCUCGACUCCCUGACUAUUGUGACAUGCCCAAACCUUGUCUCUUUUCCCGACGGAGGAUUGCCCACUCCGAACCUGACUUACUUUUCAGUCUUGGAGUGCGAUAAUUUGAAGUUUUUGCCGGACCGAAUGCACACCCUCACCGCCCUUCAAUUUUUGUGGAUACAAAGUCUUCCAAAUCUGGUGUCAUUUGCACAAGGGGGUUUGCCUCCCAACCUACAAACAUUUUGGAUCAAAAAUUGUGAGAGACCGAGGCCUUCAGCGGAGUGGGGAUUGCAAGGACUUGUCUCUCUCCGACGAUUUUGGAUUGAAGGAAACAAGGAUCUGUUGGAGACGUUGCUCGAGGAACAGAUGCUCCCUGCCAGUCUUCACACUCUCAAAAUCUCUUCUGUAUCGAAUCUGAAAUCUUUGGACGGCAAGGGUCUUGAGCACCUCACUUCUCUUCAAGAGCUACGAAUUUUAGGGUGCGAGAGUCUCGAAAUCCUUCCAAAAGACGGUUUUCUGGCAUCUCUUUCUUUCCUGGGCAUCUGGCAUUGUCCUUCUUUGAAGAAGAGGUACGAGAAGAAGAAAGGAAAAGAUUGGAAAAACAUAGCUCGCAUUCCUUGCAUACGGAUAGAUGAUGAAAUCACUAUAUGAGCUUUCAACUCACCUCUCCAACUGUCAACUCUCAAGACAAAACCAGGUACAUACUACAUCGCGCUACCAUACAAGGUGGCUGACAAGGAGGCUGGUUGUUCCGCUGCAGAUUUCACCGAAAGGAUAUAUCUCCGGUUGGACACCGAUGAUCCGUAAAUUGUCUCCCUUGGAGAAUUUCAGAUCAGGGGAAGUGAGGAUCUGUCGGAGAGAUUGCUCAAACAACAGCUGCUCUCGGAAUCCCUGACCGGAGAUGGACCUCAACAACUAAGCUCUCUUCAACAUCUAUGCAUCUAUCGAUUGCCUUGCACUCCUGCCAGAAGAGGAUCUGCUGCAAUCUCUUUCCUUUCUGAGGAUCACCAAAAUGUUUGUUCUUCUCUGAACAAGAGGUGUGAAAGGAAUACGAAUGGAAGAGAUUGAGGCAAUAUAGUUCACAUUCCUUACAACUUUCAUUGAUGCAAAUCAAAGUCGGAACCUUGAACCGCUUAUUUUUAAUUUUGUUCUUAAAAAAACUGCUUAUUCUCAACGUUCCUGCAUAAUUUCUAGUAAAUAGUGACCUGUGUUCACCAUUUUUAA